AUGGAUUUGAAAAUAGUGUUGUUUGUGUUCGCUUGUGUUAUUGGUAAAACUGUUGGACAACUACGAUGCUACGCCUGCAGUUUUUCGUCGGUAGACUCAAACCAGGAUUGUCUUACGAUAACCGAUGACACUCCUACUAUUGAUUGUCCACACACAUAUUGUACCAUUCUGAGACAAGAGUUUGUGGAUCCUGUCGGUCAAGUUGCCAGUUUUUCUCGAAGUUGUGAAUCGCAGCCAGAUUUCUUGAACCAUGAUAUAUCUGAUAAUACUUUCAGGACCUUUUACAGAGCUUGUACUACUGACCAUUGUAAUAUCGGUGAUGGUAUACAGUCGGUAGUCGGUGGCAAUUUAUCUCCAACACCAGAAUAUAACGGAAAGAAUCUGCUUGUACCAGGUACAGGGAGCGGUGCAGUUAUAAAAAUGAGUGUUCUGUUAUUACUCGUAAGCAUUUUUAUUGGAACAAUAAUAUAA